GUGGCUGCAGUCUAUGCCACCUUAUUCUUCUGUGUUUCACACACCUCUAUAUUCCCACUAUAUACUUUUAAUCAAAAUUCAUCAAAAAGUUAGCAGUAGCAGCAGCAAAUUAAAAUGGCAAACAAUGAAACCCCAGUUCGUUUUGGCAUCAUAGGAUGUGCAGAAAUUGCAAGAAAAAUGUCAAGAGCCAUUAAUUUAUCUCCAAAUUCAACCCUUUACGCUAUAGCAAGUCGUUCAAUUGAAAAAGCCAAGAAUUUUGCAAUCAAGAACAAUUUAUUAUCAGAUUCUAUAAAACUUUAUGGCAAUUAUAUUGAAUUACUAAAUGACCCUUUUGUUGAUGCAGUUUAUAUGCCUUUACCAACUAGUUUUCAUCUUCAUUGGGCAAUUUUGGUUGCUGAAAAAAAGAAACAUUUGUUGUUGGAAAAACCUACUGCUUUGAGUGUAAGUGAACAUGAUAAGAUUAUUGAAGCUUGUGAAAGAAAUGGUGUUCAGUUUAUGGAUGCUAGUAUGUGGUAUCAUCAUCCUAGAACUGCUAAAAUGAAGGAGUUCAUUUCUGAUCCUAAACUCUUUGGACAAGUCAAAGCAAUCCACAGCUCGUCAUCAUAUUCACCGGGUCCGGAGUUUCUUGAAAACAACAUCAGAGUAAAACCAGACUUGGAUGCCCUUGGGGCGCUGGGAGAUGCGGGUUGGUACUGCAUUGGCGCGAUAUUAUGGGCUAUGAACCAAAACCUGCCAACAACUGUAACCGCACUGCCUACUGUUGCAAGAAAUUCGGCUGGUGUCAUCUUGACAUGCAGUGCCUCCUUGUAUUGGGAAAAAGAGGAAACUGUCGCUACAUUUUACUGCUCUUUCGUUUCACAUGAAACGAUGGACUUGAAAGUUUAUGGCUCCAAUGGUACCUUUUAUCUCUACGACUUCAUUAUCCCGUUUGAGGAGAACUCUGCUUCGUUCAGCUUUACUUCUGGUGCCAAGUUUGUGGAUCGCCAUAUCGGAUGGAACGUGAAACCUCAGUUAGUUGAAGUAAAUUCUAAGUUGCCGCAAGAGGCUGCGAUGAUUCAAGAAUUUUCUAGGCUGGUUAAGGCUAUUGAAGUAUCGAAAAGCAAACCGGAGAGCAAAUGGGCGCAUAGUAGCAGAGUCACUCAACUUGUGCUGGAUGCUGUGAACAAAUCUAUCGACCUUGGUUUCCAACCAGUUCGUAUAUAAAUGCUUAUGUUCAUAACAAUUGUUACGUGUUGCCCUUAAGAAAACAGUAAAUUCUGUUGAAGUUGCAGUUCUACUGUCCAAGUAGACUUACUUGGCUGAAACAGUAAGUACACUAAUGUAUUCCAAUAAUUGACUUUAAGAAAUUGUGUAGACAUUCUUUAUUAUCUACUGGAAUGAGUUUUACGAAGAGAAA